AUGUAUUUUAGGCUUCAGUUCCAAGCGAAUCAUGAAACUGGUGAUACACCUGACUUAUAUCAUGAUAGCGAUGUGUGUAGUCUCAGUGACGACGUGAUUAGUCUGGAUGAGUUUUCGAUGACUAGUGAUUCAAGUGAUUUAAAGACAACAGAUUUUACUGAUGAUACAGACGAGGAUCGAUUAAAGCAAAACGAAGAAGUAGCUAUAAAUUACAAUAACAGCACAAAGAAAUGGUCAUGCAAAAUUACCAUUCCUACCAUUUUACGACGUUUUGUAAUUGGACCAAAAGAGUCUAUAAAGCGAAAAAUUGAAACAGAAACAAGUUGUCAAAUAAACUUUCCAAAAAAGAAGAAAAAGAGUACGGCAGAAAUAGUAUCAAUAGUAUCAGAAGAAAGUAUCAUGCGUUGCCGUGAUAGAAUCCAGCUCAUUAUGUAUGAAGCACGGGAUAAAGCUGCUUUUACUCAUUUUAUAUCGAUUCCUAUGACACAUGAAAUAAUCAAGGAAAAUUUCACCAAGUUCAUUGAUAUGAUUAAAAAUGAUUACGAACUAUCGGAUUCCUGCCGAGUAGAAAGCAUAUUCCAAGAUCCGAAAAAGUUACAUUUAACUAUUACAAUGCUCUCGUUGAUUGACAGUAAUGAGGAGAAGUUGGUGUCGAGUUGUCUCGCAGCAGUCAUUGAUAGUCGUGUUCGCAAAAUCAUAGACCAUGAACCUAUAGAAGCAGAAGUGAGUGGAUUGGAAAUCAUGAAUGAUGAUCCAUCCCGAGCUCAAGUUUUAUACGCGCGGAUUUCAUCAGAAAAACUGUUGCAUGUUGGAAAUAUUUUAUCAGAAGCAAUGAAUGAUGCUGGUUUCAUUCCGGAACAAGAAUCUGUGAAGUUACACUUGACUCUAAUGAAUACCAGAUAUAUGUGGGAGAAAGAAAAAAAGAAAGGAAGAAUGGAUGUAACGCAGUUGCUAGAAAAAUAUGGUGAUUAUAAAUUCGGAAAAGUUACAAUAUCAGAAGUAAGUUACAUUUAUAGUGAAUAA